AUGCAAGUCUUACCACCACUGAGUGCUCUGUUCGUGGCCCUGGUUGGGCUGCUCGCCGCCGGGUCUCUGGCCGGCGCGCAACCACUCGUCUCCUCGCCAGGAGAUAUCGCAAUCAUCCCAGGAUGGAGUCUCCAGUCCAGUACGCGUGUGUCAGGCGAUAUGCCUGGCUUAUCCCAGCCCGGUGUGGAUGUGUCUUCUUGGCAUCGCGUGGGCCCACGAGGAACCGUCAUGGCCGGACUGAUCCACGAUGGCGUAUACAACGAUUCGGUGCUCUUUUAUUCGGACAAUAUGAAACAACUGGCGUCAAUGACUAUCUUCCAAUCUCCCUGGAUCUAUCGGGAGGAGUUCGCUAUCAACCCCACCGACGGCCAUUAUUUCACCCUGCAUACGCAUGGUAUUACAUCCAAAGCCGACAUCUUCGUCAACGGCAAGAGGGUCGCUUCGAGUGAGCAGCAGCAGGGAUCCUAUGGAGGCCACAAGUACAACUUAACCGAUAUCAUUCACGAAGGUUCCAACUGCAUCCUCAUCCGAGCCUACCCAACCAACUACCUUCGUGACUUUGCUCAGGGAUUCGUGGACUGGAACCCUUAUCCCGCCGACAAUGGAACAGGUGUCUGGCGCAAUGUGGAGAUCUCCCAAACAGGUAUUGUAUCGAUGUCGCCACUGCGAGUCAUCACAGACUUCUCGCAGCCUGGGCUCGAGCAUGCAGUGAAUGUGACUUUCAAAACAGACCUCGUCAACCAUGGCCACACGCCCGUGGAAGUUAUUAUCAAUGGAACAGUAGCCUCCCCCAUGGGUUCCCAAGUUGCCACUCUUUCGCAUGCAGUUAAGUUAAAGCCCAAUGAGAAAAAAACUACGAGCGUGAAGGCCACAAUCAGAGAUCCCAGCAUCUGGUGGCCAGCCAGUUGGGGCGAUCAGCCUUUGUAUUCCGUUCAGGCUCAGACUCUAGUGCUUCAGGACAAGGACUUCAAAACGUCGGACAUGAUCCGGCCCCAGAGAUUUGGUAUUCGACAUGUCUCCGCCUUCUUGAAUGAGCAUAAUGAUACGGCAUUCAGAGUAAAUGGUCAACCCUUCCAGGUAUUGGGAGGUGGCUAUGGUCCUGACAUAUUCUUGCGAUUUGAUGAGACGCGUGUCGAGAAAAUCUUCCAGUACAUGCUCGACAUGGGACUCAACACUGUACGCCUGGAGGGCAAACAGGAGCAUACGGAACUGUAUGAGCUGGCUGAUCGUAUGGGAAUGAUGGUACUGGCUGGCUGGGAGUGCUGUGACAAAUGGGAGGGCUGGGAGUAUAAUCAUGAUGCGAAUGGUGUCAAAUGGGGUGGGGCCGAUUAUCCGAUUGCCCGUGCCUCAAUGCUCCACGAAGCCGAGAUGAUGCAACCCCAUCCAUCAAUGCUGGGAUUUUUGGUGGGCUCAGACUACUGGCCUAAUAAUCAAGCGACCAGUAUUUACUUGAAUGCCCUGAAGGAGAUGGACUGGGAAAACCCAGUGAUUGCCUCUGCUAGCAAGCGUGGAUAUCCCGAAGCCCUAGGACCCUCAGGGAUGAAAAUGGAUGGUCCAUAUGAUUGGGUACCUCCUAACUACUGGUAUGGUGACAAAGAAGGGGCAGCAUUUGGCUUUGGCUCCGAAUUAGGUGCUGGGGUCGGUACUCCAGAGCUGCAUAGCUUGGAGAAGUUCAUGUCAAAUGCAGAUCUCGAGGCUCUGUGGAAAGAGCCCGAAGCAGAUCUGUACCAUAUGUCCAGAUAUGACUCACAGUUCUACGAUCGUUCAAUCUAUAAUAAGGGACUCUUUGCUCGUUAUGGAAAACCUAAGAGCUUGGAUGACUACGUGCUGAAAUGCCAAAUGGCAGAUUAUGAAGCCACGCGCGCUGAGUUCGAGGCCUAUUCUGCUCACCAGAGUGCCGCGCGACCUGCGACCGGUGCAAUUUACUGGAUGUCAAAUAGUGCUUGGCCAAACCUUCACUGGCAAUUGUUCGACUAUUAUCUUAGUCCAAUGGGUGCUUAUUUCGGGACUAAGGUGGGAACUCGGAUGGAGCACGUCGCAUACGACUAUGACACUGAGAAUAUAUGGCUCAUCAAUCAUUCUUCAGAAGCCAGAGGGCAACGGGAGAUUUUUGUUGAUUUGAUCCAGGAAAAUGGAAAAAAGAUCUCAAGUGUCAAACUCAAGGCCUACACAUUACCAACCUCCUCCAAGCAACUUCGGGCAUUGAGUGGUAUUGACAAAAUCAAGGAUAUUGCCUUUUUGCGCCUUGUUCUACGCGACCCAAAGGUAAAGCGAGAUCUGAGCCGCAACGUGUAUUGGCUCUCUCCAAAGACCGAUACUCUGGAUUGGGAAGAUUCCAAUUGGUAUACGACACCUGUCACUGACUAUGCCAACUAUACCAAGCUUGAAAGCCUUUCUGUUGCCAAGGUGAAAGCAUCAAUUCAGGGUACUAAGACUCUGACCAAGGAUGGCUGGGUUUAUGCCCAUAUACAGCUGGAGAACAAGUCAAAUAUCCCGGCAGUAUUUCUACGCCUGAAUGUCUUGAAAUUGGACGGGACUGAGAUUGCACCAGUCUUUUGGUCCGACAACUACGUAACUCUUUGGCCAAAAGAAAAGAUUCGGCUUGAGGUAGGGUUUGAGAGCGUCAAUGGUGACCUCAAGCAGACUGUGAUCGAAAUCUCCGGGCGAAAUAUCAAGAAGCGGAGAAUAAAAGGAUUCAAUUAA